GCACUAUUGCCGUCACUCCCUGACCUGCAAGUUGCGAUGAUCCGAGCACUGGAUCAUCCUGGAGAGAGGAGGCUGAGGGGAGACCUCAUCACUGCCUACAACUGCCUGAAAGGAGGGUGGAGUGAGGGGACUUCUCCUCGAGCUGAGCACCGGAGAGGGAUAAAACAAAACACUUCCUAUUCAACAGAUGUCCGGGCGAUAAGAACACCUCCAGGGCUGAUCAAACCGAACCUCCGGCGCUGAUAAAACGGAGGGCGGGGAGGGAGGAGCCUCCCUUUCCCCGCGCUCCCGCUCACCUGCGGUGCGGCCGGCGCUGGAGGCGAUGGGCUGCGCGGGGCCGCGGCGGCGGCGGCGCUGCCUGGCGGCGCUGGGCUCGCUGCUGGGCUCGCUACUGCUGGCGGCGGGGCUGGCGCUCAGCAGGGAGCCCUGGGCGUGCCCGGCCGCCCCCGCAGGCGCCGCCGCCGACCCGCGCUGCCGCGAGCGGCUGUUCCGGGCGCUGGAGCUCGGCGCGCGCCCCGGCGUCAACUGCUCGGGCGUCGUGCGGGGGGACGCGCAGAGCCUGCGGGAGGCGCGGCUCAGCAGCCUGGAGGUGGCCACGAGAAGGGCCCAUUUGACGCCCCGCCACUACCUCAACAUGACGAAGGACUGCGGGAGCUUCAAGGAGACGCGGAGGUUCGUCGAGUUCCCGCUGAGCAGGGAGGAGGCAGAGUUCCCCAUCGCCUACUCCAUGGUCAUCCACAACAAGAUCGAGAUGUUCGAGCGGCUCCUGCGGUCCGUCUACGCACCGCAAAACGUCUACUGCAUCCACGUUGACCGCAAGUCGCCGACCGACUUCCAGGAGGCCGUGCGAGCCAUCGCCGCCUGCUUCCCCAAUGUCUUCGUGGCCAGCCGCCUGGAGAAGGUAGUCUACGCCUCGUGGUCGCGGCUGCAGGCCGACCUCAACUGUAUGAAGGACCUGUUGCAGAGUCCUGUGCCGUGGCGCUACCUCCUCAACACCUGUGGCACCGAUUUCCCCAUCAAGACCAACGCCGAGAUCGUCCAAGCCCUGAAGUUGCUGCACGGGCGGAACAGCCUGGAGUCAGAGAAGCCCUCAGCCUUAAAGCAGAAGCGCUGGCACUACCACUACACCGUGGGGAAUUCAAUCUUCAGGACAGCCACGGUCAAACGGCCGCCACCCCUCCGGUCCCCCAUGUUCACGGGCAACGCGUACAUAGUGGUGACGCGGGCCUUCGUGCAGCACGUCUUCAAAGACCCCACGGUACAGCAGUUCUUGGAGUGGUCCAAGGACACCUACAGCCCUGACGAGCACGUUUGGGCCACCCUCAACCGCAUUCCUGGCGUGCCAGGUGCCACACCCCAGAAUGCCAAGUACGAGCUGUCGGACAUGAACGCCCUGGCACGCCUGGUCAAGUGGCAGUACCAGGAGGGCGACACCAGCAAAGGUGCGCCCUACCCGCCCUGCACCGGCCGCCACCAGCGCUCCGUCUGCAUCUACGGGGCAGGCGACCUGCAAUGGAUGCUCCAGCAACACCACUUCUUGGCCAACAAGUUUGAUCCCGAGGUAGACGAUGUUGCCAUCCAGUGUCUGGAGGAGCACCUGCGCCAUAUGGCCCUCUAUGGCUGGGGACUGUGAGGGGCAGCCAGCACCUUCCUCCCUCCAGCACCCCAGGGACAGCAGGAGGGACUGAGGACCCACAUUGGGGAAGGGUCUCUCCAAGGGACUGGGGUCAGUGUGGUGGGGCUCAGCCCCCCCUGUCCUGCCUCCUCUCCUCCACUGCUUGCGCCCCAGGUAACUCUGAGAGGCUCUCUUAACUAAACGGAGGCAGUGGAUUUUUACCCCCCCCUCCGGACUGUUUGCAGAGGUGGGUUUUUGCAGAUGACAGGGAGGGCUGGGUUACUGGACCACAGUAACUCCACAUGCUGCUACAAUCGAGCCAAAACUAGAAUGAGUUUGCUUUUUCUGCGAAGCACCUGGCAGGCUAUCCGCUCCUGGCACCUGCUGUGCUGCGCAGCUUAACAUCUGGCUGCUCCUGUUACACCAUUUAAUCCAGUUAACCCCUCUGCACCCCACUUUCUAUCUGUAACACAGGGUGAGGGAUGCUUAUGAAAUCAAUGGUGUGCAAACUACAUUUUUCUAACAUCUUCAUCUUUCCUUCUUGCCAGAAAAGAGAGGGUUUUUUUUGUGAGGAGUACUCUCGGUAAUAUAAUUCCCAUAUCCAGUAGCUCACCUUGCCUUUUAGGUGAGCAAAUCAAUCAUGCAACACGUUGUUUUCUUAGGUUUCUAGAAGCUGAAAGAAAGAUUUGUGAAUGUUUGUAUUUCACCCAUGUGUUUUUCCUACUUUCUCAUAGUAAAGCCAGCCACUUUCUA